CGCUCGUGUAUACUGUCUCAUUUGUCCAGCCGCGCGCGGCCUAGUUUGCCAUUUUUCGUCUGCACUGCGGAGUGGUGAGCGCGUUGAGCAAGCAAGCGGCACCGGCGCAACUGCUUCACAAACGACUUCCUGCAAACGUUGCUGCAGAAACCACCACCGGGCUUAGACAUGUCCUUGACUCCCAUUGAGAAGCUUCGCCACCAGUGCCUCCAGCGUGGCGCGCAUGGCAUCAAGGGAUUUGCACGGCAGUUCCGCAUCAUGGACGACUCCGGGGACAAGAAGCUCGACAUGGAAGAGUUCAAGAAGGGCCUGCAGGACUUCAAGGUGUUCCUGAGCCCCAGCGAGGUGGACGCCCUGUUCAAGGACCUCGACAAGGACGGAAAUGGCACCAUCUCUUUCAAUGAGUUCCUCAUUGCACUCAGGCCUCCAAUGUCGGCAGCCCGUCUGGAGCGCAUCACGCAGGCAUUCCACAAGAUGGACAAGUCCGGAGACGGAGUCAUCACCGUCCAUGACCUCAAGGGUGUAUACAACGCUCGGCAGCACCCCAAGUACCAGAACGGGGAGCUCACUGAGGACCAGGUGUUUGAGCUCUUCCUGAAGAACUUUGACAGUCCCAAUGACCCCGACGGCAAGGUGACAAUCGAAGAAUUCGUCAACUACUAUGCGGGCGUGAGCGCCUCCGUUGACACAGAUGCCUACUUCGACCUCAUGAUGAGGAAUGCCUGGAAGAUCUGAGCAACUCAAGAAAAAGAAAACGAGUCCACCCUUGUUUGGCCACGUGACCCUUGCCACUAGUCACGUGAUGCACAGCCGUCACACAUGCUUUUUGUCCCGUCCCGGCUGAAACCGUCGUCGUCGUGCAGACAUCCUCUAACACGUAACUCAUCUUAACAAUUCUCCUUCAGCUUCACGUGUUGCGCUUUUUAUUGAACUGCUUUUUAUUAUUCAGGGCAUCUUAUCAUUUGCGUCCGAGUCUUAAUUAUUAAUUUUGUCAGACCUUUAUACGUCUUACCUGUAAUUUACUAUACAUUUGGAGGGCUGUUUGCUUGUGUUUUGCAUGACGUGGUAAAAGAAAUAAUAUCUUAACACAUGCAGUGGGCAAACCCACAUUUAAGUUGCUGUACUGACCAAAUGGGAUUACAUGCUUGCGUCACCACUACUGGAUGUUUAUGACAAUAUCAGUGAGAAAGCUGGUGCUUUUUGUUUUGUUUUCGUUCGUGCUGUGGCAGAUCUCCUGGUGCAUAGUAUCAUCUGAAACAUUUUUUUUUUUUUUAAUUUUGCUGAAGUUGCACAUAAAUGCCCAAAUCUAUCUGUUAAGGUAAGCUGAAGUAUUAGAGAGGCUGUGCUGUUAGGAUUAAUUUCCAAAUAAGCUUCUCUAGCCUUCAGCUAUCAACUCAUCUUCUGGUAAAUUAUAGGUUUUGUGAAGUAGUUAGUUUCUUUGUAAGUUGUUCCACCUAGUCACUUGUUGUUUACCUCCAGCAGAACCAAAAAAAAAAAAGAGUACAGUGUAACCAAAAACUUAUCAGGUGGAAAUUACAGUGAAAAAGAAGUUGUCGGUUGGAUGUCUAGGAAGAGGUCUGUCAGUCAUUUCAUUUUGACAUUUGAGGUGCGUUGGAGGAUUUGCAGGGUUGUUUCUAAAUGUUCCUAAACCAAGUUGGAAUCUUAGAAUCACAGAACUAAGGGCCCAAAGUGAUUAUUUUUUCAAGAAAAGACAUUCCAGUGUUUGUUACGUUGUUGAAUUGUUCAAGUUAAACAUGAUUUAAAUGUCGAAGUGGUUGCUUCAGAACAAGUGGACACUUAUCAUUUGUGUUGGUAAUUGAUUGACAUGUCAUUUGACAUGCCCUGAUGAACCACAUGCAAUGUGAUAUAUGUGGUGUACUCUGUGUUGAAAUUUCAGGCAUUGCAGAGAGCUAGGAUUUGGUAAUGGCAUUGUUUUAUUACUCUGUGCCCAUUAAUUUGCCAACUGGCACUCAAAGGACUAAUGUUGUCAUUGACAUCAGCCAAAACUUGUUAUCAAGGGAGUUACUCAAACCACGUUGUGUAUGUUCGUGCAAAAAGAAUCUUCACGUGUUGUUUGCUGUGACAUUUUUCAAUCUACACAAGUUGAAAUGCCAAUGUGUGUUACGUGGCAAAGUGCUUGCCCCUUUUGUGGACACAUUUAAACAUCUUCAGCGACAUUCCUAGUGUGAGGUCUGUGAAAAUUCUAUACACUGUUUCCAGAGUGCUCACAUAGUACCAAGCAUUGCUUGCCAACUUUUUGCUGCCAAUUUGCCCUUUACAGAAGACUACCUAUCACGUGUUAUACAGGAUAUAUAGAAUGUUCUAUUGUAGUAGUGUUGCAUUCGAAUGCAGAAGUUCUUUGUUAUCACGUCAUCGACAUUUGUACCAUCGUUUGUUGAACCAAUUGCAGCUCUUGAUGCGCACUAAUUGGCGACAGUCUUUCAAGCACUGUCCGUACCAGAGUUGCUAGUGCAAACUUGGUUUGUUCCGCAUCAAGAUACGCAAGUCUACUAGCUGCACUUUCAAUUCAGUGCCAUGUGCAAGGUGAUGCUUGAUUAGCUGUUCUUGUGACAGUUACCACUCAGGCAACUUCACCGCUGCUCAGUGAAUUAAUGAUCGCUGAAGCACUUCGUUGCACUGCUGUCAUUGUGAAACAGCGUGUUGCUCUCCCGCACAAAAGGACUCGCCUCAGGUGCAGUCAGGCACUAUUCGUACAACUAUCUGUGUAACAAUCCACUUCUGCAUUUGAAUCUGGCUUUAAGCCGUUUACGCUACGUAGCUCAGGUCACGCCGAGAUGGUGUGAAUAGCAAGUCGCAUUUAAGGAAACUUUUUAAGCUCACAGACCAGCUGCAACGUGGUUCCAACUGUUGUUCGAGCCACAUUUCUGACAUAGAUACUGCCUCGCCAAUUUUACUCAUGACUUUGCACAAGCUAGCUGUCGUGCCAAGCUGUUAAUGGUGACACGAAAGGGGGGAACAAGUAAAAAACGUUUUAGCAUUUCUAUACCUCCUUUUAAAUCUUUGAGAGCACUUUGAACUUCUCAUUCACACUGUGUGAAAGAGCACUGCGCUUUUGGUAUCUAGUCGCACAAUAUUCUGGCUGUUAUUGUUGCUGCGAGUUGCAGUUUUAAUGUGUGGACAAGAUGUAGGAGUGAAGACGGGAUGCAGUGGCACUAAAAAGCUUUCUCAUUCAGCUGCAAUUUGAAAAAUGCAGACACAUGUGUGCAAUUUGUCUUUUUGUUUUUCCCCCAGUGAAACUGGCUCUGAACCUACAUUUAAAAUUUGCUAGAACAUAUUGUAUAUUUACGUGAAAUGUCAAACAACUUGCCAAAGGAAUCAAUACUAUUCCAAAUUUUCUUUGAAUAAUAUGCUAUCUGCUGUUAGUGAGGUUUUGACAUUAAACAAGGUGAAAAUCCUCUAUACAGUAAAACCUCGUUAAUUCAACCUUCGUUAAUUCGGAAAAUUGGAUAAUUCGGACUCGUCCUCUGGUCCCGGCCAGCGUAUGCAUUGUUCAUUGCAAUCAAAUUCUCGUUAAUUCAGAAGUAUUUGGCUGCACAUCGGUUAAUUUGAAUAACUUUCGGAGCUCGGUGAGUGAGAAGCACCGCAAAUGUGCGACGCAAAAGAGCAAAAAACGGCACCAGCGUCCAACCGAAGCGAAGCGGCGGAGUCCUCAUCGCCAUAGUCGUAGCGGAAAUCGUACGUGAAUGACAGCAACGCCGGAACGCUUCAUGCCUAUUUGUGCCCUUAAAGCCUUUAUUCCUGCGUUACCUAUGUGCAUAACACCGUGUUGCACGCGGGCUUUCAUAAUUGCGUAGUCGCCAUCCCAUGAUCGCAUCGAUAGCGACCGCAGUUUCGUCCACAGUUCUUGCAGCGAACAGUAGUUUCGUUCCGACUCGGUGCGUGCGUCGGCCGUGUGCCUUCAGCACCUUGAAGUUGCCGUUCAUAAUCGCAUCGAUAGCGGCCACGGUUUUCUCCGCAGCGACAUCGCGAUGUUGGCGAUCAGCUCACUGGCGAAAACAUGAUCGGGAUGUGCGCGCGGUAGUGCAAAGCCGCGGCCGUGCUGCGAAGCAAGUCGCGAGGCCUAGAUCGCCGCAGCGAGAGCAAAUGAGUCACGAGAUGACGAGAAUUCCAGCUUCCACUCUGCUUUUGUGCAAAAUAGCAACAGGAUUUGCUCAUUCAUUCACUAAAUAAAAGUGUGUUGACGUAGUAAGCAUUUGCUUAUUAACGUGAUAGCGUUAAUGGCCCCGUGUCGCAGAAAAUCUGGUGUCGUCUGUGGCGGAGAAAAUCAUCCCAAACCAACCCGACUGCGCAGGCCCUCCGCGUGGCGCAAGGUGUUAGUAAACAAAAAUUGAAUUUCUCACAGUAAAAUCUGUCAGAAAAAUGGUAAAGUACGACCACAACCUACAGACAUGGUGGCGUCGGAUUGUAAUUUGAAUGUACGAGAAAACAUAAUUUUGUUAUGAGGAAACUCAAAUACAAACCCCUUUUCCAGCAUUUCUACUAUACCAACAGCGGCGCGCUCGAGUAGUUUACUUGCAAAAAUCCUAUCCAGAUGGCGCUCACAUCCUCGGCAGGUCAAAGUGGGACUUAGCCUGCCUAAUACGUUUCGGACGCGCACGCCCGUUGGGGCAAUAACAAACAAUUAAUAAAAUAAUUUUUUUUUAAAUGUUCUAGGGCCUUCACAUUUGAAUAUAAGACGACUUAUAUUGCCCCUGUAAAAACGUCUUCCCAGCAAUGCAUUUCUGUUUAAAGGUGAAGCCGACUUUAAGGAGAUCAGCGUAAGCUUGGUCUUUGUAAGCUGGCUUUCCCAUGUUCUGUGUUGCAGUGAAGCCUACUCAUAAAGAAAAAUGCAAUGUGAACGGGGCUCGAUAGUGCUAUUGCGUUCCGCUCUUAAAGGUGGAGCUUAAGCGGCCUCCGGUUUUUUGUUUUCUGGAUACCCUCGAUAACUCGACAUUCGGUUAAUUCAGACAUUUCUUAGUUUCGAAUUAACAAGGUUUUACUGUAAUUAGUGGGAAAUCUGCUUAAUUGACAACACUGUAUGUGGUUCGCAUUUUUGAUGGAAGCCAAUAGCAGUGCAGCAUUGAAAGACUCAUUUGUAGUCAAUAAGUGGCUCACAAUUGUCGCGUUUUGAACCGCCCUCUCAGUGCAUGCCUAAACAUUCGAUGUUUCCAAUAUACAGUGUGCAUUGCGUCAGCAUAUUUGGCAACUUGGACACUGCACAGUCUAAUUAAUGAACAGAUAUUAUGCGGCGAACUUAUGUGGCCUGCUUACUCCGGCCGUCUAGUUGUUUUAUAGUUGCAAGUGUAUACAUCAGGUCACCGAAUCCUGGCGCACAUCACUGUUUGAUUGAUGUUGGUGUCAAUGACUGCAUUCUUUUUAUCUUGCAAAACUCAAGCAAUCUGAUGCUGAAAUAAUUGACUUGAGCACACAAUCUUUUUUUAUUUUUUUUAGCAUGCAGUGUGCAAGCUGUUGGUUGAAUAUGGUGCUUUGAUUAACUUUGGAAGUAAGGACAUGAAGAUGCUGGUACGAGCGAUUUCGUGAAGGGUUUCUAAGCACAAGCUCUGGUUGGUGGCGGUGAUGUGUGUUGGGGUAUGUUCGUAACUUUGCACCAUUCCACUGUUGGGUGCAGUAUCCCUCGGUUACACUACUUUUGUUACGGUCUCAAGACAUUUUAUGUUUGUUAUUCUCAUAGGUGUUCCUCGUCCACGACGUUUUUGUUGUCAUUUCCGUAUACUGCUGUCUUCGACUCUAGCAUGCAUCUUGUUUUAGAAUCCUCGCUUAAAGCACGCAAAAGUGGUAAACGCACAUUUCACGUACAUUGCGUACCGCCUUGUUAAUUUAUUUUCGGCAUGCUUAGAGCGUGUGUUUUUCUCAAGUGUUUUGCCUUUAUGAUCGAAAUAAAGAAAGCUUCUGAAAUACU